AUGACCCAAAUCUCAUGGGCACAGCAAAGCUUUCGCCAAAUUCUGAAAACAUGCAUAGCCAACAAAGACCUUUUAACAGGAAAAUCCCUCCAUACUAUCUACCUAAAAUCUUUAAUACCUUCUUCAACCUAUCUCUCCAAUCACUUCAUCCUCCUUUACUCCAAAUGCAACCUGCUAACCACAGCCCACCAUGCUUUUAACCAAACCCAUGAACCAAACGUCUUCUCUUUUAAUGCUCUCAUUGCUGCUUAUGUAAAAGAGUCACUCAUUCACGUUGCACACCAACUGUUUGAUCAAAUACCGCAACCAGACCUUGUCUCCUAUAACACACUCAUUAAUGCUUACGCGGAUUGUGGGGAUGCUUUAUCUGCGUUGAGGUUGUUUAGAGAAAUGAGAGAGAUGGGUCUUGCGAUGGAUGGAUUCACUUUCUCUGGAGUGAUCACUGCUUGCUGCAAUGAUGUUGGUUUGAUUAGACAGUUACAUUCUCUGGGUUUUUUGUCCGGUUUUGAUUCUUAUGUUUCGGUGAAAAAUUCGCUGCUUACUUAUUAUAGUAAAAAUGGGUUUUUGGAGGAGGCUGAAAUGGUGUUUCAUGGGAUGGGAGAGGAGGUUAGAGACGAGGUUUCUUGGAAUUCUAUGAUUGUGGCAUAUGGGCAGCAUAAAAAAGGGCUUAAAGCAUUGGAGUUGUAUCAAGAUAUGGUUCAUAGUGGUUUUGAAGUUGAUAUGUUUACUCUAGCGAGUGUCUUAACUGCAUUUUCGUGUGUGGAGGAUUUGUUUGGGGGCUUCAGUUCCAUGCCAGGUGCAUCAAAACUGGGUUUAAUAAAAAUCGUCAUGUAG